UUCCGGUGGCGCUCGGGAUGACGUAGUAAGCGCGCCGCGUGCGUGGUCUCGGGGACGGCGCGGUCGGUGGAUGGAGGUCAGCGGUAGUGCUCGCUGCGGUUUGGGAUCACUUGUUGGGAGUCUUAUCUUUCUGCCACCCGGCACAUCAUGGCAGCUCACCUGAUGAAGCGAUGCACAUGCCUCCUGAGAGAAGCUGCCCGUCUGGCCCCUGCCAUGGCUCCAGUUGGUCAAUUGAGACUUGCCAGGAUAGCCCAUAAGACUCUGAAUUCCUCAGCCACCUCAUGCAGUUCCCCCUUCCCAGGUUCCUUGACAGAGCAGGUAGAAAAGGAACAAAUGUUUACUUCCUACCCAGAGAGCACAGAGGUAGACCAGCUCAUCGAGAAGGCUACCACACCAGAGGAACUCCUGGAGUUACUUGGUAGUGGUCACCAGCUGCACCAUCAUGGAGCCCUCAUACUCAUCCAGCUCUCUCGUCUGCUGUCGGGGAAGCCAGAAGACAAGGCCUUGCUCAAACAGGAUGCCCGCUUUCAGCAACUUCUCCAUCUGGUCAACAGUCAGAUCACCACAGUCUGGCACGGCACCCUCGUGAAGCUGCUACGAAGCGUCUAUGCUCUGCAGCUCCCCGAGGCCUCCAGGGAGCUGCAGUCAGUGGAGCAGGAGGUGCGCUGGCGCAUGCGGAGGCUCAGGUACAAACACUUGGCCUUCCUGGCAGAGUCCUGUGCCGCCUCCAUGCAGGAGCGGCACUCCCAGGAACUCCUGGCUGAACUGCUCGUGCACCUGGAGAGGCGCUGGACAGAAAUUGAAGAUGGCCGCACGGUGGUGGCCAUUAUGAUGAAGGUGGGGCACCUCUCAGAGUCGCUCAUGAACCGCCUAGAAGACAAGUGCCUGGAGCUGGUGGAACAGUUUGGCCCUGAAGAGUUGCGGAAGGUGCUGGUGACGCUGGCAGCUCAGAGCCGGCGGUCCGUGCCCUUGCUGCGGGCCAUCUCCUACCACCUGGUGCAGAAGCCCUUCCCUCUGACAAAAGGCAUGCUCUUGGACCUGGCCUAUGCCUAUGGCAAGCUCAACUUUCACCAGACCCAAGUGUUCCAGCGCCUGGCCGCUGAUGUGCUGUCCCUCAUGCCCAGCCUGACUCCCAGUGAGGUGGCCCGCUGUGCUAAGUCCUUCGCCUUCCUCAAGUGGCUCAGCCUGCCCCUGUUUGAGGCCUUUACCCAGCACAUCCUGAACAGAGCCCAAGAUGUCGUCCUGCCCCACCUGUGCAGCUUGCUUCUGGCUUUUGCCCGUCUGAACUUCCAUCCAGAACAAGAGGAUCAGUUCUUCAGCCUGGUGCACGAGAGGCUGGAGCCCAAGCUGGCUGGCCUGGAUCCCGCCCUGCAGGUGGACCUGGUGUGGGCCCUGUGUGUGCUGCAGCAGGCGCGGGAGGCAGAGCUGCAAGCCGUCCUCCACCCCGAGUUUCAUGCCCAGUUUCUAGAGGGCAAGUCUCAGAAGGAUCAGAGCACCUUUCAGAAGCUGCUUCAUAUCAACACGACCGCCCAGCUGGAGCACCCUGAGUACUCAGGUCCCUUUCUGCCAGCCUCGGCCAUGGUCCCCAGGCCCCCAGCCCUCGACAAGAAGGCGACCCCCCUGCAGAGGGAACUGCAGGAGACUCUGAAGGGGCUGCUGGGGAAUGCCAACAGGGGCAGCUUCGAAGUGGCCACACAGUACGGCUGGGUGCUGGAUGCUGAGGUGGUGCUGGACAGUGAUGGUCAGUUUCUGCCCCUGAGAGACUUUGUGGCACCUCACCUUGCCCAGUCAGCUGGGAACCAGCCACUGCCCCCAGGGGCUAAGAGGCUAGCUUUCCUGCGGUGGGAGUUCCCCAACUUCAACAGCCGAAGCAAGGACUUGCUGGGUCGCUUCGUCCUGGCCCGGCGACACGUGCUGGCUGCAGGCUUCCUGGUGGUGGACGUCCCAUACUACGAGUGGAUGGAACUCAAGUCUGAAUGGCAGAAGGGCGCCUACCUCAAGGACAAGAUACGGAAAGCAGUGGCUGAGGAGCUAGCCAAGUGACCUGUGCCAGCAGCAUGGACUACAUGUUCAGGGGACUGACUGUCCAUCUGGAGGCCUAGAUGUGGGCAUUGAGUGGGCAUUGAGGUAUCACCCUUGAGGACAAACCUCAAUGCAGGACCUUGGCCAGAGUGGGGAGGGUGGCCAGCACCUCUAAGGGACAGAGCAUCCUCUCGUGGUUAAUAAAUCUUUUAAUUUUGGUGUUGGACAC